AGAAAAAAUUAAGAGAAGAAAAGAAAAAAUGCCAAAACUCAUGCUCGUUGUAUCUGCUGAGUUGAAGAACAUUGCCAUUCUCCAACCUCAAGAUGGAAGUGACGAUGACACCAUCAACUACUAUUUCAAGCUGGAGUGUGAAUAUUGUGGGUGGAUUUCUCAGAAUGAAGUCUGUGUCUCUAUAAAUGUCAAAGAAAAUCCCACUGGGAACCGAAGAAAUGACAAUUUGAACUUAUCCAGAAAGUGUCAAGGAUGUGAAAGACCUGGCAAGAUCUCGCUAAUCCCUGGAUAUGGGACUCCAUUAAGCCAAAAUCACUCCACAGAGGUGGAUUUGAUGUUAUUUAGUUGUGACGGAUUACUCCCUGUGGAGUAUUCAUUCAACGGUGGAUGGUUGGCUAUAACGACUUCUGGCAGAGAAAUUCAUGUCGAUCUUACUAUGAGAGAAUACACGGAUGUGAUCGAUGGAGUGGAGGUAUCAAUCUCAAAGCUGAAAGCCAAAUUUGUGUCAUAUUGGGGUUGAUGGCACUUUAGUUUUAUGUUUCUGAUUUCAGUACUUGGGUUGCUGUGGUUGGGUUUGUAGUUUGGUUGCAGCAGCUAAGUUUCUAGUUUGUUUUCUGUUUCUGUUAUUUGACUUUAUGGGUUUGUAGUUUGGUUGCAGCAGCUGGGUUUCUUAUUCCUGUAGUUUUUUGACUUUAUGAUUGCAGUAGUUGUUCGUUUUCUGUUGUAGUUUGAUUGCAGUAGUUGUUCGUUUUCUGUUGUAGUUUGUUUUCUGUUUCUGUUAUUUGACUUUAUGAUUGCAGUAG